AUGUCUAUCAUCACUUUUCUCGAGACAAAAGAAUAUAGAGAGAAUCAAGGCUUGGGGCGUCACCAAUGGCUCGAUAAUUUAGACCUGAGGCCUGUGCCGCAAAAUCGUCGUACAUACACUUGGCAGUCGUACUUCUGGUUUUGGAUCUCUGCCAAUGCGACUCCAGCCACAUUCUACGGUGUAUCAGCCGCCUUAGCCGCGGGCUUGGGCCUUUGGGAAGCCUUGAUGUGCCAGUUGGGAGGACAAAUCAUGAUCGCAACAGUAUUUUGCUUCAACGGCAGGGCCGGUGCUGUCUAUCAUAUUCCAUAUCCAGUUAUAGCACGUGCUUGUUUCGGUAUCUGGGGAGCUUAUUGGCCCAUCGUUAAUCGCGUCGUGAUGACAUUGGUCUGGACUGGGGUUAACGCGGUGCAGGGCGGUCAAUGUGCCUAUGUCCUACUACAUGCUCUCUUUCCGUCCAUUGCAAACAUUCCCGACGUCUUUCCUGCAGGAGUAUCAGCUCUGAAUUCGGGCGGAAUGAUCGGUUUCAUGGUGUUUUGGAUCGUGACAACAUCUCUGCUACACAUUAAAAUCCCAGACCUACGACCUUACAUGUACACGAAAUUGAUUAUAUUUGCCGUUUGUAGUAUCGCCCUUUUGGUUUGGGCAUUGAUAGAAGCGGGAGGUAUUGGGACUGUUGCUCGUCAGGGCAGCACAAUCUCAGGCAGUGCCAAAUCCUGGGCGAUUGCGCGAUAUAUCUGGAUUUACUGUGCCAACGGUGCCACCUAUGCCACCAAUGCAGCUGAUUUUCUUCGUUAUGCCAAAAAACCAAAAAAUGCCUGGUGGCCACAGUUGAUCGGUUUCCCGCUCUCAACACUGAUUUAUGGUUUGAUUGGAAAUCUAAUCGUAUCCAGCUCUGUUAUCAUAUUUGGAGAGCUUGUUUGGAACCCCAUUGAUCUUCUGGAUAUGCUUCUUGCCCAAGACUACAGUUCUGGCAAACGCGCUGGUGUAUUCUUUUUAUCCCUGGGCUUCAUGUAUGCUUCAGUUAUUUCUUCUAUCUUUGAAAACUCUAUUCCUGCGGGGAAUGACCUGGCUGCUCUUUGGCCCCGAUUCAUCAGCAUCCGACGUGGUUUCUAUCUUGCCGCCGUUAUAUCUUAUGCAAUGUGUCCGUGGUAUAUUUUAGGAACGGCAUCUAGCUUUGUUAGUUGGCUGGCAUCUUACCAAAUAUUCCUCUCAUCUAUUACUGGCGUCAUGCUUUGCCAAUACUUCCUCAUUUCGAAAGGUUACUUACAGAUCCCAGACUUCUACACAUCCAGAUCGACGGGCUUGUACUACUACCGCAGGGGAUGGAACUAUCGUGCUUAUAUUGCCUACGUAAUCGGUGUUGCGCCCAAUUUCUACGGUUUCUUGGGAGUCUUCGGCGUCAGCAUCACUGAGACGGCCACUCGUAUGUAUUAUUUUGCUUAUCCCGUCGGGCUCAUCUUGAGUUUCGCUUCGUACUAUGGUCUGUGCUGGCUGGAUCCUCCGCCAUGCUCGAAGAUGGAAGUUACGUGGCAAGAACCUGUAGACUAUUUUGAGCCCGAGGAUAUUCUAGAUGGCAUGCCACCUGUCGAUAUGCAGGAGACUAUUGUUCUGGGAACUCCAGGGACAAAGGAGGUUUGA